GGCUGAGAGAGAAUUCCUCAGCACUCUGUGUGUGUACACUGCUCACACUCUUCUGUGUGGGAAGAAAAACACCACAGUGGAGCUGACCAGAAAGAACCACUCUGUCUAAGCACAUGUUGCUUCCACACAGUGACCUCACUCAAUCCCCACGCGAGAAAGAGCCAAUGACAGCGUACGGGGACUAUCCACUCAGAAAAUCAACAUGAGCAGCAGAGACCCUUCCACCCCACCAGGAAUAGCUCUGUGCUGUUGAGCCUGCAGCGCUUUCCACACGUGGGAGCCUCACUCACUUCAUAUAGUUUUCUGACUUUUUUUUUUUUUUUUUUUGUUAUAUAUCUGGCUCGGGGUUUUGUUUUUCUUUUUGGCCACUUUAUGUUAUUUUUCUCAUUGAAAGAAGGAACAUAGUGAAGAAGUCAGGCGGCUGAGCGUGUGCUGGAGCGGCGGCUCCACUGACUGCCUAUGUGAGCUGCUGUGUACGGGACAGCCGCUCCCAGCAAGUGGGGACUGUGCGUCUCUGAGGAGCCACCUACACUGACUGGCGCUGGAGGAGCAGAUAUCAGACAGCAGCACGGUUGGAGCAGAAGGAAUUACAUUGCGCUUACGAGAGGACUACACUCACUGCAAACAUUUGGAGUCUGUUUAGAGAACUUCAUGGACGACUCUCAGGACUUGAAUGAGCAAUCAGUAAAGAAACCGUGCACAGAGUCAGAUGGUCCAGAGUCUCAGAAUUCCAGGUCUAUGGAAAUGCAGGACCUAGCAAGUCCGCAUAAUCGUGUUGGAAGUGGAGAUGCAUCUGCGGCCUCCAAGCUGGAUAAGUCAAAUAUUAGCAGCAGCUCCAUCACAACAAAUGGUACAGGAGGCGAAAAUAUGACUGUUUUAAAUACUGCGGACUGGCUGCUGAGUUGCAGCACGCCCUCUUCUGCAACAAUGUCUCUUCUUGCAGUCAAAACAGAGCCAAUGAACAGCAAUGAAACCACCACAACAACUGGAGAUGGAUCGCUUGACACUUUUACUGGGUCAGUAAUAACAAGCAGUGGCUACAGUCCAAGAUCAGCACACCAGUACUCGCCUCAGCUAUAUCCCUCUAAGCCCUAUCCACACAUUCUCUCAACACCAGCUGCUCAGACUAUGUCAGCCUAUGCUGGACAAACGCAGUACUCCGGAAUGCAGCAACCCACCGUUUACACAGCAUACUCACAGACCGGACAGCCUUACAGCUUACCAACAUACGAUCUGGGAGUAAUGCUUCCGGGUAUCAAGACAGAGAGUGGUCUCCCACAAACACAGUCUCCUCUGCAGAGUGGCUGCCUAAGUUACAGCCCCGGAUUUUCCACACCUCAGCCAGGCCAAACCCCAUACUCCUAUCAAAUGCCAGGUUCUAGUUUUACCCCAUCAUCUAGUAUUUAUGCAAAUAAUUCAGUCUCCAAUUCAACCAACUUUAGUAGUCCUCAGCAGGAUUAUCCCUCUUACACAGCUUUUGGCCAAAACCAAUAUGCACAGUAUUACUCAGCAUCAACAUAUUCAGCCUACAUGACCCCAAAUAACACAGUGGAUGGCACCUCAUCAUCAUCAACAUAUCAGUUACAGGAUUCGCUGUCGGGCCUAAGUAACCAGCCAGGUACAGAACUUCAUUCAGGGGAUUUUGACACAGUGCAGAGUCCCUCAACACCUAUCAAAGAUCUUGAUGACAGGACGUGUAGAAGUGCUGGGUCAAAGUCUCGGGGAAGAGGCAGAAAAAAUAAUCCCUCACCUCCACCUGACAGCGAUUUGGAAAGAGUUUUCAUUUGGGACCUGGACGAAACAAUCAUCAUUUUCCAUUCACUACUUACUGGGACAUUUGCACAAAAGUAUGGCAAGGAUUCACCAACAGCUGUGACUCUUGGACUACGAAUGGAAGAAAUGAUUUUCAACCUCGCCGAUGCACACUUAUUUUUUAAUGAUUUGGAGGAAUGUGAUCAGGUCCAUGUAGAUGAUGUUUCGUCUGAUGACAAUGGUCAAGACUUAAGUUCUUACAGUUUUGCCACAGAUGGCUUUCGGGCGGCAGCAAGCAGCACAACUCUCUGUUUACCAACUGGAGUCAGAGGGGGCGUAGACUGGAUGAGGAAGCUGGCUUUCCGAUAUAGACGAGUAAAAGAACUGUACAAUACUUACAAGAACAAUGUAGGAGGACUUUUUGGCCCAGCGAAGAGAGAAGCCUGGCUUCAAUUGCGAGCAGAUCUUGAAGUCCUGACAGACUCCUGGCUCUCAAAUGCACUUAAAUCACUAUCACUCAUUAGCACGAGGAGUAAUAGCGUAAAUGUCUUGGUAACUACAACACAACUUAUUCCAGCACUUUCAAAGGUCUUGCUAUAUAGUCUAGGAGGAGUCUUUCCAAUUGAAAAUAUCUAUAGUGCAACUAAAAUAGGGAAAGAAAGUUGCUUUGAACGCAUAAUACAAAGGUUUGGCAGAAAAGUAGUAUAUGUUGUAAUUGGGGAUGGUGUAGAAGAAGAACAGGCAGCAAAAAAGAAUAACAUGCCUUUUUGGAGAAUAUCAAGUCACUCAGAUCUUUUGGCUCUACAUCAAGCACUGGAACUAGAAUAUUUGUAGCUAUUUGCAACUUGGACGGCCUUUUUUAAUAUGUACAUAAAUAUAUAUAUUUUAAGUACACACUGAAUUUUUAUGUGUGAUUUAAUGCCUCAGGCUUUUUACUCACAUGGACUGUCUUAAAAAAAUAAAGUAUCUAGAAUCUCAACAGCAAUGGCAAAUAAUUCAGACUGCUAGAAGAGGGGCAGAGAAAUCACUGAGUGCGGCAUAGAGACACUUAGUCUAGGACGGUAGACAGAUGAAAGCAUCGGUAGAUGGAAGACCACUGAGAAGAGCAGAUGUCUAGAACUCUGAUGAAGAUUGGCACGUGCUUUCCGACCGAAGAGGUGGUGUUCAACAUUCCUCAUCAUGGGAUCUCAUUCUCAGCACUGAGGUGUGAAUCAGACAUAAACCUACCUAACCCGGAAAAUCUGAAUUUAGUAUGCACUCCAACUAUAUGAUGACAAUCAUGUCUAGACAUGUAAUUUUGUGUAAAUUAUUGACAAAACAAAUAAUAAUUUACUGUGAUUUUAUUAGCAGCUGAUUUUGAAAGUGGAUGUAACGUUUUUUUCCUUUUUUUUUUUUGCUGGGGGCGGGAUGGUUGGGAAGCGGGUGGUGAAAUCUAAAAAGAUUAUCAUACUGUCUCUUUUAUAGGUUUGGCAAUCAGAAUAUGCAUAAUGAUGUGUUGUGCCUUAAAGACAAGACAGUGUUUGUGUGUUAUAAUGUAAUUUUGGUUAAAAAAAAAAGUAGUUAUAUGAAAUCUUCAAUUGGGAUGAUUUCCUUAUUCUUGACCAAACUGAUCUAUAAAACAGGAAAAAGCUGCAGUCAGCAGCUAUUAUUUGUUGCAGGAAUAAAUAAAAACAAACAGUGGACACCU